AUGGCCGCCGCUCCCGAGGAAGAAGCUCAGGACAUCUUCUACGUGUGCGAGAAGGCACUGAAGACCGUCAAAGAGAAGCUCGAGAAGGGCGAAGACAUCACGGAGGACCUGGUGAAUGAGCUCACAUUGCCAGACAAGGUGGCUGAUGAGGAGAUGAUGGUCCCUGUGGAUAUGCGCGGUGUGGGCGAGGACUACGACGACGUGGAGCAGAUGCUAGAGAAGCUCGGCAACAAAG